UCAUCAGACUUGGUUGAAGCUGCACAUCCUCAGGAGCUUCAUACUAUCCAAGAACUAGUGAGAAGAGUGCUUGUAGUUGGUGAGAGCAACUCUGCACUUAUUGUUGGACCAAGAGGAGUUGGUAAAAGCACUUUAUUGCGAGUGGCUCUGUCCAAGUACUGCAAGACGCCUGACACUGAUGGCAGCAGUCUAUCUGCGGGCUCUGAUGGUGGUGAAGGCAUACUGGUUAGGCUGCAUGGGCUCAUGCACACCGAUGACAGACUGGCUUUGAGAGAAAUCACUCGACAGCUCAGGAUGGAAGAAGCUGCUGCUACAAAACAGUUGGGCUCUUUUGCUGAGAAUUUAUCAUUCAUGCUAGCUUCUCUGAAAGAGGGAGGUCGAGAGAACUCCAAAAGUGUUGUGUUCAUCCUUGAAGAGUUUGAUUUGUUUUGCCACCAUCGCAACCAAACGCUGCUCUACAAUCUAUUUGAUGUUGCUCAGUCUGCGCAGAGUCCAGUAUGCGUCAUUGGGCUGACGUGCCGCCUUGACGUGGUGGAGCUCCUGGAAAAGCGUGUCAGGAGUCGCUUCUCUCAUCGCCAGGUGCAUCUAAAGCCACAGUCAUUAGAGCAAUACUGUGAAAUAGCAAGGCAGCUCCUCACGUUAUCUUCAUGCCCUGAAAUCAGCCAGAAAUCAGUGCGAGAGUGGAACAAAGGCGUGGAAGAAGUGCUUUCAGCAGACAAUUCGCAAGAAUCGUUGCACCAGAUGUACGACUUGUCAGCUGAUAUGGCAUCGCUCAAGCAGCUAUUGGUACUCGCUCUGAGUUCUGCUUACGACCGCGAUCUGCGUAGCAGUGACUUACAACACGCGGCCGCGACGCUGUUUGAGGAUGCUUCAUUCAAGAUACUGCAAGGAUUGUCUAACCUGCAGCUGGCUUUGAUGAUAGCCAUGAUGCAUCUGACGGUUACGUACGAGGGCGACAGCUUCACGUUCGAGCUCGUCUUCAGCGAGUACCUGAAAUUCACACGCAGACGUUCCUCGAUGCAGAGCUUUGAGCGUCCAGUUGUCUUUAAAGCCUUCGAUCAGCUACGGGCAAUGGAGCUGAUGACGCCGGUAGCAACGAGCGGUGGUAGCUGUGUACAGAAGGAAUACCAAAUGAUGCGCCUACAGAUGCCGCCAAAAUUGCUGUGUGACAGCCUCCUCGCUAUACCCAACCUGCCUACCGACCUACUCCAGUGGGCUACCAGUUCGCUUGCGUAACCUGUGAAUCUCUUGAUACAAAUCGAUGAAUUAUUUAUGAACUAACUAUGCUUUAGUGCUUCAAAUGUGUAACUUCAAUUUUGCAUUUGAAAAAUGUUCAUUUUUUUGGUAUAAGAAGAAACAUGGAGACAAGAGCCAAUUGUAUCGAAGGUAAUUGAUUCAUAUAUUUACAUUUACAUUAUUUCUUUAAUAAACUUGAACAAAUCUGUCGCACAAAUUUCUUUUAACAUCC